AUGUCCGCGGAAAAUGACGGAAAAAAUCAAUCUCCACGUAAAAUUGGCUUAAAGGAUAAACUUCGAGCUGAUCCAGGAUUUCCAGUUACAGUUGUGUCAACAAUGAUUAGCUUUACCUUGUCAAAUUCGUUUGUCUACGGUAUUACGGGAAAUCCACGUGCUGGUUUGCUUGCUGGUUUGAUAAUAAUUCCAUUUUGCCUUAUAACAAAUGUUCUGGAUACGGAAAGGGAUUAUCAAAUAUGGAAGGAAACGGAACAUAUGAGAGCACGUGGUUUACCGUCGAUAUUAUUUCCAAAAAAGGCAAAAUACGAUUGGAGUCAUUAUGAGCCAUUGCGAAAAGAAAUCGAGCAAUUUUAUAAUCGUGAUACGGAAAACAAACAAGAAGCCAGUUGA